AAAAAAUAACAAAAUCUGACCAAAAAAUAACUUUUCACACCAUCUGCUACACCACAUCAAGCUUUUGACUCACCUGAUCAUCAAUUAAUUGCAAAGGGACUCACCCAAAGGCUCCUGCUGCUGCCGUGCACGUUUCCCAGGGAUGAACCCAAGCAUGGCACAGCCCAGCUCCUGCUGAACCCCAAAUCUGGGAGCUCCCCCCAUGCCACAGCUCCUGACACACUGGUGCCAGCUCAGGGAGCAGCUCCAGAAUGGCCACGAUGCCAACAAACACCUUUUGUAGGUGCCACAGCACCUGGGCAAAGAGCAACGCCCAAGGAUUUAAUUUCCAAAAAAGUGGAUUCUGAAUUCAGCCUGGAGUUUCAGCUGUUCCAGGGUGAAAACCUGCUGCUUUCCCUCGUGGCAGCAUUUCAGGGAAUGUUCAUUUAAUUAUCACCUUAUUCAGGUGAAGUGCAGCAGCAGAGCAGCAAUUUUCUUACUGUGGUAUUUUUAAACCCUUCCUGGACACGGAUUUUCCUCUUUUAAUGGGGAAUAAAAGACUCCCAAGAGGAAAGGAGGAUGAGAAAUGCCCUGCUCUGCUCCCUCUGUGCUGGGAGACACAACCCCCCAGCGUGGGGCACUUGGAGUGUCACUGCAGCUCUGUCACAACCAGAAAUCUCAGGGGCUGGAUGGUGCCAACACCUCCCAGCUCUCAGUGUCAAUGGAGACAUCUCCAGCCUUCCCUGGAGCCUCCUGGCCGUGACCUCAGUGGCUCUGCCAGGAUUGGGGAUUUGAGGAACAGCAGAGCUUACAGGGCUCCAGAAAUCCCAUUCAGCUCAAGGAUACAUGUCUGAGCUGGACAGCAGCAAGGUCCCAGAUGAGUUUUGUUUGGCCAUAAUUCACAUUUCUGAACCUAAACCUGCACUGCUUUCCUGGGAAUUCACCCUCAGAGUGCCCCAGAAAUCCCACCCAGCUCAAGGCUACACACACACCUCUGAGCUGCAGAGCACAGGGAUCCCAGAUGAGUUUUACUCAGCCAUAAUUUACAUUUCUGAAUCUAAACCUGUGCUGCUUUCCUGGGAAUUCACCCUCAGAGUGCCCCAGAAAUCCCACCCAGCUCAAGGCUACACACACACCUCUGAGCUGGACAGCAGCAAGGCCCCAGAUGAGUUUUGUUUGGCCAUAAUUCACAUUUCUGAACCUAAACCUGCCCUGCUUUCCUGGGAAUUCACCCUCAGAGUGCCCCAGAAAUCCCACCCAGCUCAAGGCUACACACACACCUCUGAGCUGCAGAGCAGAGGGAUCCCAGAUGAGUUUUACUCAGCCAUAAUUCACAUUUCUGAAUCUAAACCUGUGCUGCUUUCCUGGGAAUUCACCCUCAGAGUGCCCCAGAAAUCCCACCCAGCUCAAGGCUACACACACACCUCUGAGCUGGACAGCAGCAAGGCCCCAGAUGAGUUUUGUUUGGCCAUAAUUCACAUUUCUGAACCUAAACCUGCCCUGCUUUCCUGGGAAUUCACCCUGAGAGUGUUUGGAACCCGUGACCUCAGUGGCUCUGCCAGGAUUGGGGAUUUGAGGCACCAAGAGAACUCAGCACCACCAGAAACCUCACUCAGCUCAAGGCUGCACACACACCUCCAAGGGAAGGAUUUAUCUGGCCAUAAUUCUGGUUCCAGGUUUCUACAACUUAAUUUUCCUAAUUCCAAGUUUCUGAGCCUAAACCUGCCCUGCUUUCCCAGGAAUUCACCCUCAGAGUGCUCAGAACCUGUGAGCUCCCAGAAAUCCCACUCAGCUCAAGGCUGCACACACACCUCCAAGGGAGGGAACCCAGAUGAGUUUUAUUUGGCCAUAAUUCACAUUUCUGUACCUAAACCUGCCCUGCUUUCCCAGGAUUUCACCCCAGGAGUGCUCGGGAGGUGCUGGAGCUGCCUCUCCUCCCUUUAUCUGCUUUUCCAAUCUCAUCCUCCCAAAGGGAGGAGGGAAAGCUCCCUGUGAGCUUCAGUCAGGACUCACCAGUUCCAACCAGUAAGGCAGGACCUGCUGGGAUGGGGAGGAAGCCACAGCUCCUUUGUGCCUCCUGCCCACACGGAGAUUCCCAGCAGAGAACCAGAGGCAGCAGCAGCCCCUGGGGAGCUGGGCACGUGCUCCCAGUGCUCCCACACACCUGGAGAAUCUCCUGUCACAGGCACUGACCCAGCACCUGUCAGAGUUCCAUCCUGCUCACCCAAACCCCAAGGGAGAUCAACCUCCUGCUGAGGUUUUUUUUUUGGAAAAUAUAAGAAUUUAAAUGUUUAAAAGGGAAUUUAGAGCUCCCAGCAGGGA